AUGACUUUAAUAGGUCACCAGGUGACUGUAGAAUUAAAAAACGAUUUAGCCAUUACUGGUAUCUUAAGCUCGGUUGAUCAAUUUCUCAAUAUCAAAUUGGACAAUAUACGAGUAAUUGACGAUGCAAAAUAUCCUCAUAUGAUGGCAGUAAAGAAUUGCUUUAUACGUGGAUCUGUUGUAAGAUUAGAGAAAGAACUAGCAAAGGCAGAAAAAGAAUUAGAAAGAAACAUAGAAAAAUUCUAG